AUGGCCGCCGAAAUCACACCUUCCAAGCAGGCUGCUUCCGCCAUUGACGCCUUCAAGAUGGAGUCUCCCGUCAAGAAGCUCAACUUUGCCCCAUCCGACAAGGAAAACAAGCCCUUCGAUGCCGACCUCACCACCCUCGAGGCCGAGAUGGAUGCCAAGUUUGAGAACAAGAAGGAGGAGAUCAAGACAGUCGCUGCCCCAGAACCAAAGCAAGAGCUCCUCGAUGAGCCGCUCCUCACCGAGAACCCUCAGCGCUUCGUCUUGUUCCCCAUCAAGUACCAUGAGGUCUGGCAAAUGUACAAGAAGGCCGAGGCUUCCUUCUGGACUGCUGAGGAGAUCGAUCUCUCCAAGGAUCUCCACGACUGGAGCAACAAGCUCAACGAUGACGAGAAGUUCUUCAUCUCCCACAUCCUCGCCUUCUUCGCCGCCUCCGAUGGUAUUGUCAAUGAGAACCUUGUCGAGCGUUUCAGCGCCGAGGUCCAGAUUCCCGAGGCCCGCUGCUUCUACGGCUUCCAGAUCAUGAUGGAGAACAUCCACUCCGAGACCUACUCCCUUCUCAUUGAUACCUACAUCAAGGAGCCAUCUCAGCGCACCUACCUCUUCAAUGCCAUCGACACCAUUCCCUGCAUCCGCAAGAAGGCCGACUGGGCCCUUCGGUGGAUUUCCGACAAGGAUGCCUCCUUCGCCCAGCGCCUUGUUGCCUUCGCUGCUGUUGAGGGUAUCUUCUUCAGUGGUGCUUUCGCCUCCAUAUUCUGGCUCAAGAAGCGCGGCCUCAUGCCUGGUCUCACCUUCUCCAAUGAGCUCAUCUCCCGUGAUGAGGGUCUCCACACCGACUUUGCCUGCCUUCUGUUCUCUCACCUCAACAACAGACCCAGCAAGCAGCUCGUCGAGGACAUCAUCCGCGAUGCCGUCACCAUUGAGCAGGAGUUCCUCACCGAGGCUCUUCCCUGCGCCCUGCUCGGCAUGAACUCGAACCUCAUGAAGCAGUACAUCGAGUUCGUCGCUGACCGUCUCCUUGUCGCCCUCGGCAACGACAAGAUCUACCGCUCCACCAACCCCUUCGACUUCAUGGAGAACAUCUCCCUCGGCGGCAAGACCAACUUCUUCGAGAAGCGUGUCGGCGAGUACCAGAAGGCCGGUGUCAUGAACAGCACCAAGAAGUUUGAGGAGUCUGCUGAGGAGAGCAAGAACGAGAACGGCGGCGACUUUGCCUUUGACGAGGACUUUUGA